UAUUUAAUUAAUUAAUGUAUUGUCACCUGCGACUUGACUGACGAGGUCUACAAGAUCACACGUGACCUGCUCACUUCGUACCCUACCAUCACACAUGGCAAGUACAACGACUACUACGCUAGUCAUCGUCCUUUCCUUUCUGGCAGCAGCAUCAUCAGAUGUAGGCAUGCCUUUUGGCACAGGUCUCUCUUCGUGGAAACUGACAACACAAGAGCUGGAAGUCUUCAAUCAUACCAUUGUGUCGCCCGGAUCCUAUGGAGUCAUGAGUCACUUCUGGAUAACAGGACAUAACGACUUUCCUUCUGUUGAUGAAGUUGUUUUUCGAUAUUAUCUUGACGGCGAGGAGGAUGCUUCUAUAGAAUUUACGCCCAGCGUCGCUUGCGGUGUUGGAUUUGAUGAUGAUAAAGCACCAUGGGGUACCGCAUGGUUUGGAAAAGGCUCUGCAUCUGGAGGCUGGUUUCAUAACUUCAAAAUACCAUUUCAAAAAUCUGUCCGUGUUACUGCAUUCCACCCAAUGGGAGCGGGAGACGGAUUUUACAUAGUAGUAAGGGGUGUCGAAAACCUGCCAGUUGUAAUCGGUGGAGUAACAUUACCACCAACAGCUCGACUUCAUCAAUCUAGACUUGUCAACCAUACUUUCCAACCACUCGACUACGUGCCCCUAGUAGACCUCAAAGAAGGCAAUGGCAUGAUUUUCAUGUCCACUCUUACAGUGCAGAGCGGAAAUCUUAACUUUUUGGAGGGUUGUGUUCAUGCAUAUACUCCGUAUGAUACACCCUUCCCUGGAAUGUUGAUUGCAACUGGAACUGAGGACUAUUAUAACUCGGGAUGGUACUUUAGUGCUGGGCAGUUUCAUAUGCCGACUACCGGCUUUACUCAUCUCAAUACUACAAAUGGAGUCACUUGGUCAGCAUAUCGUUUCCACGACAUGGAUCCGUUACCGUUUCAUAACGGUAUUCGUUUUGUCUGGAGGAAUGGAGACGCUGUGGAUCCAACAACUGGACACAAGUGCUUCGUGCAAACGGGUGGUUCUGUUGUUGGUAAUCCCACUGAGUCUGUUGUUACGUUCUACACGUGGGUGUACGUCUUCUAAACAAUCAAGCGAAUGAACAACUAAGGUCUGUGUGUGUUCCUGCAC